UGUUCGAAUUUUCAACCCAAUAGAUUAUUAUAAGUUAACGGCAGUCAAUUUCAAAUUGCAUAGUGAUAACUUGAGAAAUGUUGUAUUCGGUAGUAGUGUCUGCUUUGUCUUUACUUACAACAGUGAACAGUUUAUAUCCAGAAGGUGGCGAAAGAAUAUUUGGUGGAACGGAGACAACAAUUGAUAGAUUUCCAUAUGAAGUAUCGUUAGUAUACUAUGGCGAUCAUAUCUGCGGAGGUGCUAUUGUCAAAGAGAAUGCAAUCCUUACUGCAGCCCAUUGUUUAGAUAAUAUUAAUUUACGAGGACUUAAAGUUCGCUCCAAUACCACCUAUACUUCCGAAGGGACCUUGAGCUACGUUAACAACGUUACACUUCAUCCAUCAUAUGUCGGUAAUGAAAAUGACAUUGCCAUCAUUUGGGUAGAGGAUUCGUUCAUCUUUACCGAUAGUUUACGAAAAAUUCAACUACCCGAGGCAGACCUCGACCCGGUUGGCGGUUCUCUCGCUAUGGUUAGUGGAUGGGGCUUCCUUAGUGGACACGGCCCUAAUGCAUAUCUUUUGAGAAUCGCCCAAGUCCCCAUUGUAGACCGUAAAGUUUGCGAGGAUUUGUACUACGGGCACGUUCACAAAAACAUGCUUUGCGCAGGUGAAUCGGAUGGAAGUGUUGAUGCAUGCAAUAAUGACUCGGGAGGGCCACUAGUUUUAGAUAAUAAACUGAUUGGUUUGGUGUCGUGGGGCAUUGGAUGUGGAUUGCCUAAUUACCCAGGUGUCUACACGAAUGUAGCAUACUUUCGCGAUUGGAUUGAUAAAAAUCUGGUAUAGUUACAAUGGUUUAUUUUGCUUAAAGUGCUACGUAACUUCGAACAUUAAAGUAUAUUAAAACUGAACUAUGUAAAUAUGACAUUGGAAUUGUAAACAUAAAUGUAUAUUUGUACAAAUAAACGUUUUCUCAAAUCAAAA